AUGGAGGAUAUCCUGGUUCGAGGAAGCUUUGAGAUUGCGAUGCUGUGUGCGUGGUCAUGCCAGAGAGCAAGAUCCCGCAGGCAGCCGUCAAGGUGGAGAGUAUUGACAGAUGCCAGGUGCACACAUCACGGGGUGGCUGGUGUACACUGGCUUUGCGGCCUGGGGAGCAGGCUAUUGCUGCAACGACCCGACGCAGCCCCGUGGAAGAAAGGCUGGUGGCACUGGAUGCGGAAGCAACGUGGGUCGUACUACGGCUACUAUGGUCCUGCUGAAUCUUGCACCAUUCCGACGUUCCCUCAAAGGCCGGUGCGAGGUACUGGGCUUGUCGAAUGGAUAAGUUGCCGUAAUACAUUCGAAACGAGUGGCUCAUGGGAGAUCCGGCAGUACGACGCCAAUGCGACGCUCAAUCCCAAGGGGCAAUUCUUACGCAUGGAGGCUGCCACUUUCCGUGCGGACCGUGCUGAGCCUUUGCCACGCGAGCAGGUUUUGUGUGUCAUUCGCCCCUGGGCCCCGACGGCCCUUUGCAACAAUGGGCGCCUGAGUGUCUUUGGUUCCCUAUCCCGGGGUGCCUUGGGGAAGGGCUGCGAGCCUCGGGAGCUGCAGUACUUCGGGCAGUACAGGUAUUCCCUUCUGCUUUGCUACGGGCCCUCGGUCUUCGCGACGCAGGCAUUCCAGGCUGCUAAUCCGACCUGCUCGGGUGAUGGCUUUCCGAAGUUCCGCCAACGAUACGUUUGCAAUCUCACGGCCGUGAAUCCGACUGUGCAAAACCUUGUGACUCAAGACAUGUUCGAGCUGCAGAACCAGGGCACUGGGUUCGGUCCAGCAGAAGGUGGGCGGUUAGUGUCGUUUCUGCCCGUCACUGGUGAACAGACCGAAUGCUUUUUCGAGACGGCGGACACUAUGAGCUGCAUCUUCGGGGAAACGUGCCUCAUCGUCGAGAACUCGAAAUUGACAACUGACUCGAAUUGCAAUCUCCUCUCCUUCAACUUCUUGGGUGCGAGCGGAGGCUGGUGCAGCCCAGAGCAGCCAGACGUCGCAGGCAAUCAUGCGCCCCGCUUCUACGAGCCUCCGCCGACUGCGUACACCUGGUUGGGGAACUGUGCGGUGGAAGAGGAUCUGGCGCAAUUUGAGUUCGUCAUGUGUCGAUGCGCACUUGCCGACUCGACCUUCGAAGCACCAGAACGCCAAUGUGGUCUGCUGUUCCUGACGGUACCACGCUUCGCUGCUCUUGGCUACGAAGAUUGCCGGAGCUAUGGGCUCGAUGAAACCUGCUGCAUGUCUCGAGUUUUGGGAGCCUACUCCUUCUACUCCUUCCGUUAUCCGCUGCAAAGUGACUGUGACGAGUACCAAACCUUCAAAGCCAGGGUUGCGAACGGCACCGCCUGCUCCUGA